UUUCUCGACUAUAAAAGCAACCGAUUAUUCCAUUCGGUGGAUUCAUUCAAAACGAAAUUCUAAAAUAGCAUCUGCACUUCAAUAUAUUCAACAAAGCAAAACUAUUUGAUUCGUGGUGAAAUUUUUAUUAUUCAGAUUGGUUUUCUACUGAAAAACCGAUUGUCUCAAUGAAGAAUACAAAAAAGGUUUCAAUUUUCGUUUUUAUUUCGUGUUUAAAUUUUUUGUUCGUCACAAGUGACAUUUUGUUGUUUGAACGUUAUCCGGAUCAACGACAAAUUGAACAUCGCGAUUAUGAUAAACGUUUUGAUGAUGAUUUUGAACAAAAUGAAUUUUGGUCAUCCAUACGUCGUCAAAAUGAUGAUGUACUAAGAAGACAAAAUUUCGAUAGUGAAGAUCGUCAAAUCAGAAGUGUUGAUGAUUUUGAACGUCAAAUCGAUGAUGAUCGACGAUUUGAUGGCCAAAUAGAAUUAAAUAAACAUUUUGAUGAGCAAAGAAUUGAACGUUCUGAUCGAUUUGAUGACUAUCGAGAACUAAUUGAAGAACGAUUUGAUCAACGGAGAGUUGAACGCUCUGAUCGAUUUGAUGACCAUCGAGAACUAAUUGAAGAACGAUUUGAUCAACGGAGAGUUGAACGCUCUGAUCGAUUUGAUGACCGUCGCGAACGUCUUGAAGAGAAAUUCGAUGAAAACCGUCGCGAACGUUAUGAUCGAUUUGAUGACCGUGAAGAACGUUUUGAUCGAGAAGAAAUUCGAGAACAAUGGCAAUACCGUAAUAGAGAUGAUAACCGAAUGGAUGAACGACGAGAACGAUUGGACACCGAUAGACGAAGAGAAACGGAAUCAAAUGAUCGUCGAUCCGAUGAUCGAAUUGAUAUGGACAGACGUAACGAUGAACGAUCAAAUGAAUUUAGCCGUGACAAUGAACAUCUACACGACAAUGAACGUUGUGAACGUAGUGAUAAUGAUGAAUUAUGGACUAUUGAAUCAAGAUUCAAUCGACGUGAAAAUGAAGAGAUGACCAAUUCGGAACGACGUCAAGAACAACGUCGUGAAAAUCAUAUUAAUCAUUUGUCACAAUAUUGGCGUAUGGAUCAAUUUUUCAAACCAGAUUCAACCAAUCUGGCAACAAAUUUAUUGACCAAUUCAGUACCAAUUCUUUUGGCAUUCUUAGCAACGUACAAAUUUUUCAAUGACAAAAAGUCAUUCAUUUAAUUUAUCCACACAUGAAUGAAUUGAUCUCAUGAGAAACAAAA